AUGGUGGUGGUACGAUCCCAUUCAGUAGUUGUACUCCCGACCAGUUCUAGUACAGUAAGUUGGGCGGGGAUACUGUAGUUUGUUGCAGUUAUGUCGAUGCACUUCCGUUCCGACCCUCUCGACCCUCCGUUCGACUUCUUCUUCCUAUUAUUAUCCGUAUCGUCAUCUCUCAGCCAUUGUAAGUAAUAUAAAAAUGAUUGUUAUUAUACAUUCAGUAUGACAAUUACUGGACCUGGCGUAACCGUUACUACAGUCCCUACUACAGUCUUCCUUACUAUUCUUACCGUCCCUAUUACUACUCGGACUAUGUUUCGCCUUAUCGAAGCUACUGGUAAGUGCUGCAACGUUCUCUAAAUCUAUUAUACAUUCAAUCCUUUACUUUCAAUUGGUUUUACAAUUUCUUUUACUUUGCAGGUCCGAUUACUACCCGUAUCGUUACUAUCGCUCUUCGUAUUAUCCUUACUACUCUUACAAUUACUUCCCUUACAGUACUUAUUUAAACGACCGUAAGCUUUUCUUUCUCCUUUUCAAAGUUUUAAUUAUUUUCAGUUGCCUACCGCUACUAUUAUUAG